AUGGGCAAAAAUACAGAUACCCCUGCAUAUCUGACUUCAGAUGAUGCCAAAUAUACUCUGGGUAUUCAUCGUGGCCCAUUGAUAUCCAAGGACGAUGAUGGCGCCCAGCUUGCACAAGUCGAAUCCGCCGGGGGUCUAUCAUUGGAGACGAGGAAGUUGAAGCGCAGUGAGAAGUUCCAGCGCCAUUGGAAGCGAUUCUGGUGUCUGCAUCUUCUGGUGACUAUCAUCUUCCUAGCCAUUUUCCUACCUGUCUUCUUCCUGGUUGCCAUUCCAGCCAUCUCACAAAUGGUCGUCAACAAGUCCGACCUAGUCUUGGUCAAUGCCUCGGUCCUGAAUCCGCGACCGGACAAGAUCCAAUUGACGCUGUUGUCGGCAUUGGACCUCAAAAUUGCCCUGCCGGUGCGCAUCGAACCAAUCACAUUAGAUCUGUUCGUGCGCGACACCGGCGCAAAGAAUGCAUGGGGCCAGGCUAAAAUCGACGGCAAAGUCAUCAAGGGCAACACCACGCUAGGCGUGAGCAAGGUCGAGACGCCAUUGACCAACUUGACCACCUGGGAGGAAUACGUGUACAAUGUCGUGUUCGAGAAGGAGACUCCGCUGUCGGUCAGAGGUGUAACCAAUUCGUACUUGGGUGUGCUUAAGUCCAAGGUCACUAUGGACAAGGAUAUCAUGUCACCAGUGCUGAACCAAUUCAAGGGUUUCAGCAUCUCCGAUAGUGGACUCGUUCCAGCCCGUGAAGACGGCACCAACCUAAUCGGGAAUGCCUCCCUCCCAACCCACAUCACUAUCAAACCGGGCGACAACGUCUUCCCUCUCACCGGAAUCCUUGACAUACACACCAUGGUCUCGAACCUCCGAGAGGUACUCGCCUCGCAGGCCAAGGCCAUCGCAACCGGAAACUUAGCCCUGGACACGGUAACCCGAAGCGUCACCUGGAAUGGCGAGCUGGUGCCAUACUACACCGAUGUGAUGAAGCAGCUUACGCUGACGGCCAACGUGCCAAUUGCCGAUCUGGUUAAGAACACUGUUCACAACCUGCUCAGCGGCAAUGAGACCCUCAGAGACAUUCUCAACGCCGGUGACAGCGACACAGCCAGCUCAGCACUAUCUGAAACCUCCGAGCUCGCAUCCAAGAUGAAGACGAACGUUGCAGUACGCAAUAUGUUCCGAGACGCACACCCAGUUAAACGGGAUUUAAUUAUCAACUCGUUGGCUGGGAUGUACCAGAAGCUGUGA